AAGAGGACGACAAACCUGCUGUUCUGUGUGUGUGUGUGUGUGUGUGUGUGUUUGGGUUGUCUGUUAAUCCUCGUAGUCUGUAUGAACUGAAGAUGAUUACCUGUACGACACAGCUGCCUGCAGUUCUUUUUCUCUUCCUGUCUACGGUAAAGGCGUUCCCUUUCAGCGUACCACUGGACCUUGACGUCACACCCAGAUCCACCACCGUGUUCAAUGAUUUGUCGGGAUGUCUACGUUUCCGUGGCUCUGCGGUGAACUACAGCACUCUGCUUUUGGAGGAGGGAACAGGACUUCUGUAUGUUGGAGCCAGAGGAGCAGCUUAUGCCCUACAGGCUGCAAAUAUUACCACACACACUCAGAUGAUUGACUGGGAGGCUCCUGCUGAUCAGAAACAACAGUGUCUCAAUAAGGGGAAAGACAACAAGACAGAAUGUUUUAAUCAUAUCCGCCUUCUUCAGAGGUUUAAUAGCUCUCACUUAUUCCUCUGUGGGACCCACGCCUUCAGCCCUCUCUGUGCAUAUGUCGACAGUCGGCAGUUUAAAAUCUCUAGCUUUGUGGAGGGUCGUGAUAAAUGCCCCUAUGAUCCAGCCAAAGGCUACACUGGCCUUGUCAUUGAUGAGCAGCUAUACACCGCUUCUCAGUAUGAGUUUCGGAGUUUUCCAGAUAUCCGCCGCAACUUUCCCAAUCCUGCUCUGAAAACAGAGGGGGCCCCCACACUGUGGCUACAGGAGGCAGAUUUUGUGGGCUCAGCAGUGAUAAGGGAGAGUUUGAGCCGUUUUGAGGGCGAUGAUGAUAAGAUCUAUUUUUUCUUCACGGAGAGGAGUACAGAUCAAAGCACAGACCGCCACCAUGCACGAGAAGCCAGGGUAGCACGAGUUUGUAAGGGUGACAGGGGAGGUCUGCUAACCCUCCAGAAAAAAUGGACGUCGUUCCUGAAAGCACGGCUCCUGUGCUCUCUCCCUCAGUUUGACUUCUACUUCAACACUCUACGCAGCAUCUUUGUCCUACAGGGCAGCAAUGCUCAGAACACGGUUCUGUAUGGGAUCUUCGGUCUAGAGUGGAAAUCCCUGAAAGUGUCAGCAGUCUGUCAGUUCUCUAUGAAAGAUGUCAAUUGGGCAUUUGAAGGCCCGUAUAUGGAGAGCGAUGCCAACUCUAAAUGGACCCAGUACACUGGCAGAGUCCCUGAACCUCGACCCGGAUCUUGUAUCACAAAUGAGCUUAGAGCCAGAAACAUCAACUCCUCCACUGACCUUCCUGAUGAUGUGCUGCACUUCGUCCGUAGGCACCCCUUCAUGUACCGCCAGGUCCCCCCACUGGGACAGCGCCCCCUGCUGUUUAAGAAGAGUGUGUACUACACUCAGGUUGCUGUGCUCAGGGUACAGGCUCUUGAUGGCGAAACUCACCCUGUGCUUUUUCUAGGAACAGAUGAUGGCUGGUUGCAGAGAGCAGUGGAAGUUAAAGGUCGUCUACAUAUCAUCGAGGAGCUGCAGUUAUUUAAGAAGCCACAGCCUGUGGACAGUAUAGUCAUUUCUGAGACACAGAUGAGUGUGUAUGUGGGCUCAGCUACUGAGGUGCUCCAGCUGCCCCUGUCCAACUGUCACAAAUAUAUGUCCUGUUUCGACUGCGUGCUUGCUCGAGACCCCUUCUGUGCCUGGGAUGGAGAGUCAUGUGUGGAGAUAACUUCUCACACAAACAGAUCCAGUUUGACUCAGGAUAUUGUGAAUGGUAAUCAUGGCUGUGAGAUGACCAGGCCAGAUGACUUGGUACAACGCUCUCGUUCUGUGGUGGCUGGAGAUGAUGUGCUGCUACAGUGUGAGCUGAACUCCAAUCUAGCAGUUCCACUGUGGACACUGGACGGAGUGGAGCUGCAGGGGUACGGGCUGGACUCCGGUAUUCGGAUUGGCACGGACGGACUGCUGCUGAUCCAGGCCAGUCCCGACCAGAGCGGUCAGUAUUGUUGCUUCUCCGUGGAGAGCGGUCUCCGAGUGCCAGUGAUCAAUUACAGCCUGACGGUGCGUCCAGACAUUCCCCCACCACCACCUCCCAUAAAGACGACGUUACCCCCCAGGACCGCCCCCACUCCGCGGACUUCUCUGCAUCUCAGAAACGACACCCCUGACCCAACAAACCCACCCAUCCCACUGCCCCUGCCUCCUAAAUCUGAGUUCCUCUCAGACAGAAACAUGGUCACUCUUUACUUGUCCUUGGUCACCAUCCUUGGAGGGCUGUGUAUGGUUCUGACCGUGGUGCUGCUGUACGUCAGUUUCUGCCUCAAUGGCCGACAGGGUACCUACUCCGUACGCGCUGCUGCCCGUAAACAGAGGAAGAAGAAAGGACAGAUGGAGCUGAAGACCAUCUCCCGCCACUGCAACGGCAAGAAACCGGACGCGAUGGACGCGGAGGACGGCCUGCUCCAGAUCAUUCCUGGGGCUGGACAAACCUUGCAAAACAGUGACCACCUCCCUCCUGCUCCCCCUCUCCCUCCCCCGACGUCCAACCCGGAGAGCUAUAAUGGGCUGUCAGCCACCCUGCCCAGCGUACUGAGGAAGAUGAACGGAAACAGUUACGUACUGCUGCGGCAGGACUCGACCUCCCCGCUGUAUUACUCCUUCACUGAGGAGCUCAACCGCAUACUGGAGAAAAGAAAACAGACCCAGCUUCCCCUCACUACACCUGACGAGAGCUCAGUGUAACUUUGGACAGAGUCCUCCCUGUGGAGGGGCAGUAGGCCUCCUUUCAGCCACUGUGUGUAAGGGUGCUGAUUUUACUCUCUGAUUUUACCUCCUGCUGUAGUUACCUGACUGUGUGACUGAGAAGUGAGUCUUUCUGUAAUUUAUGAUUUUUUUUUUCAGUCAUUAUUUUUAGUGCAGGGAAUGACAUGGCAUAGCUGCCACCUAAGUUUUGUAAUCAGUAUCCCUGUAAGGGGUAUUGAUUUAGGACACACUGAAACACCUUCUGUUAAAUGGACGGAAAUCCUGCUUCAUGCGCUAUGGAAAGUCUCUCUCAGUAGGGAGCCAGAAAACCCUCAGCUAAUUCAAUUGGGCCCCAGAUUGUGGAAUAUGUCAGGUUUGGACAGAGUCACCCAAAUUCAGCAGCAGAUUCGAACACUGUGUUGGACCCUCAAGUGAGGGGAAGAGGAUCACGGAUACUAAAACAUCACCCAUGAUCUGAGUAGCAGGGUGCAAAGACUCAUAGGAAGGUUUGCCUCUGCUUAAGCAGCAUUAGCUGUGAAGUUUGCCUGUCUCUAAGCAGACACCAUUUUCCCGGACAGUUCUGCUUUGUAACAGAGGCAGUCGUGCAGAAUUAACUUGUCCCUUUUCUUAUUUGUGUAUUAAUCUAUUCUCUUUAAAAUCUCUGAACAUUAAUAAGAUAACUGUUGCCUAAUGUAACAUUUAACAACAGCAGACGUAAUUACAAUGCAUUUUGCAGUUAUAUCUACUGUUAACAUUUCUAAAAUACCUCUUUCAUAUAGAAAAUUUGAUUGACAGUAUUAGUCACUAGGAAGCACUUUAGGGAGCAGUUGCACUGGAUUUGUGAAAAGAAGCAGGUUGUUAUUGAAGUGCAGAGUGUCUGAUGGGUUUUGGUGAUAAGUUCUGAAUGACUCAGAGCAAGAUGACUACUUGGAUUCACUGUGAGUCAACAUUGUCAUCAUUUCUAGAUGAAGACUGUUCUCAUGUCUCUAAAUGGAAAGUCCAGACUGAACACAGAUUAAAUGAAGGCUUGGAAAGAAAUGAGAAGAACAGAUUAUGCCCUGAUACCACACUACUGCCAUUCAAGUUUCAGUGCAGCUACUUCAAGGCUUAAUCACUCUGCCACCAAUACCACACGUGGACACACACAGACACACCAAUCUCUCCAUCAAAACCAUCAGGACCCGCUGCAAGACCUGGGCCACCAACGCUAUUAGGACAACGGUGGACUACAGGAUGGUUGGCUCUUCCAACACUUGUGUAUGUGCCAUCUGCCCAGCUGAUCUCCAUCUGUAAAGAAGCCUAUUUCAGUGAUUUGAAUAUAUAACACAACGGUGAACCAAGGCAUGUGGAGAGAGAGGGCCCAUAUCUGUAAUAUGCAGCCAGCGACACAAUGAAGAAUUCUUUUCCCCGGUCUCCAUAAUCCAUAGCAUCGUUACCCUUCAGCCGGUACACUAGAACACUGCAGAACACAGUCACCUCUCACUGGAUAUAUGACACAAGGAAACAGAAAUUCUCAUCGUCUGCAGACUUGCUCCUUUUCUAAUUGUGGAACUACUUUUAUAAAUGAGAUAUUGUUACAAAGCUGCUUGAUAGAAUUGCAGGCCUGAGACCCCCAGUGAAAAUGACUGAAACAACAGUGAUGAGAGAAAAAUUCCAUAAGACUAUAAAUAAGGAAGAACAUGGGUGGGAUGAACCAGAACUCAGACGGUGGAGUGCAUUAUGUUCUGUUUGAUCCUGGAUAGUCAGUUCAGAGUUACAGUCAUGAUGGUAGUGAUGGUUAAUGUAAAAAAAACAAAAAAAAACAGAAAGAUAGGAGAGGAUGAUUUUUUUGUGAACAAGGGGGGAAGCCUGGUAAAGUUCUUUCAUUGCUCAGAGAAUAUAAAAUUGGAUAUAUGUAUGUAGGAUAAAUAAUAUUUAUGUUGA